GCGUCCGGCUGAUGACUCUGCACUCUCUGUAGCACACCGAGAGACAGAGACAUAGACGGAAAGAGAAAGCAAACCGAAACAGAGUCUGAGAAAGACGUUUUAUUAAUAAUAAUAAUAUAACAAUAAGGCAUAAGAAUCAGGGAAAGGAAAAAGCUUGAAACUCCAUUGUCAUGGAGAAUGCGAGAGCUUCUCGGCAACCCAACAGGUUCCCCGCCGCCCCUACGCAUGCCAAUAAGACCGUUAACUAUGGAGGGUUCGAAGCCAAGGCAUUGUUCGACGACGUUUAUGGUGGUCCACCCAAGUUCGGCAUCUCGACGCUGUCUCCGCGAGCCGAGGACUACAGCGAGAUUUUCGAGAGCUUCCACUCGUCACGGGCCUCGUCCAUUCCGGUGCUGGAUCUUCCGGCGGUCGACGAGUCCGAGGUCUUCUUCGAUGUCCGGAGUUCCAGUUUGGAUUACGCCGAGGUCUUCAGCGAUGUUGAGGGCCUAGAUUUCGCGGUCUCGUACGAGGAGUUGCUGUUUGACCAGUACAAGGGUGGGGACCGAGAUUCCUCUGAUGACGAAGCUUGGACUCCAGCAGGAAGUGGAUAUCUUUCAGAUGCUUCAGAUCACUCUGAAAAGAACCAUUGCUUCUCAAAUGGAGAUUUUUGCCAGCCAUUUGAUGAUGAUGUGGAGAUGUCGUAUCAUAAGGCUAAUCAGACAAGCAGCAAAGAUAUGUGCAGUGGGGCAACACACAUGACUGAGCUAGAUGCUGUUCCUGGAUACACUUUUGUAUUGGAGGAAAUUGAUCGCAUGCAAAAGACAGAUGAGAAUCCAAUCUUGCAGAUGACUGAUGAUGACAAUCUCAGUAUGGAUUUUAGCGUGGGAAUGAUAAAGGGAAAGCAUCUGAAGAAAACCAUGUCACAACCCUUUAAUGAUGCUACUUGCAGACAGACAUUUGGAAAUGAUCUAAAGCCUGAAAAAGCAUAUGCUAGAAGUGGUUCUCUUUCUAAUGAGAUGUUUGUUACAGUAUCUGAUAUCAGCCUUAGAACUCAGCCCUCUCAAUUGCCACCCCCCUCUCGACCACCACCUUCAACGGAUGUUACGAAGGAAGUUUCUAGUAGAUUGACUUCAAAUAGUAAAUCUAUUGCUUCUGAAGGGUCUGAAGGUGAUAGUUCACCACCUUUCUUUGAUGUAGAGCUUGAUGCAAGUUCAUCUGCUGCUGCUAUGAACGAAGCAAUGACGAAGGCUCAAAUAAAACUCAGAAGUGCAAAAGAGUUUAUGGAGAGGAAGGAGGGUUUUCAAGGCAGUGCAAAAAUGGGUUCAAAGAAUCAUAUAAUAGAUAAGGAAGGAAAGAUGAGCAAGAUUGCUGAUGAAUGUGACAGUUUGAGAAAUGAUGGAGUGCAGAGCACUUGUAACAGAGAAGAUAAUGCAAUGAAAUUUUCUGUCAGAGAAGAAACACAAAAGGUUAGAAAGGUAGCUCAGGAUGUUCUGGAUUCAAUGGAAGGAGAGAAACUUCUACAGGCAGCCAAAAAAUCUGCAGAGAAAAAGCAUAGCAAGGAAUAUUGGUCAUCUCUGGGUCCUGUUAAAAUAGAGGGAAGUAGUGAUUGGAAAGAAGUAUUGCAGUCUAUUGAAUUGGUGAGAACAGUUAAGUCUGGUAAUGCUCUUGAGCAGUCAAACCAUAUAGAGAUUUCAGUGCAUAAUGCUAAAACUCAUGAGCAAGGGUGGGAGAAAAAUGCAGACCUGGGAGUAUUUGAGCUGCAAGAAGAAGAGAACAAGAAAUUGAUGUCAGCUAUAGGAAAACAUGACCUGGAGUAUGAGAAGAAAUCUGAAGUGGAAAAUGAGGUUUGGGAAGGGGAGGAAAAAGGGGAAGAGGAGUGCUCAUUUCAAGUGUUGGGAGGGAAUGAGAGAUCCAAAGCACCAAAAGAGGCACAGCAUAAGAAGAAGGUAAAAGAGGCUCAGGUGGUUUUUGAGAAGGUAAAGAAUGAGAAGAAGGUUAGAAUAGCCCAGAAGCAUAAAGGAACUGAAAAUAAAUCAACUGGAGCUGAUGUAUCAGAAAACUACAAUGACCUGGUUGAGGUCCAGAAGGAAAAGUAUAAAUCUGAAGUUGAGCAGGCCAUGAACCACAAGGAGAAAGAACAGAAACUGAAAGAGGCUAAUAAAAGAAUGGAAAGAGAGGAAAUAAUUAGGGGGCUGUGUGGAAAGGAAGACAAUGAAAAGAGCAAAAACAAGACUUUUGAGGUGGAUGAAAAUGUAAGAGGGCAUGAAGAGCCUCUUGAUGGAGCUGAAGAUGGGAAAAAUGUAAAGGAAGCUCUUGAGCAUAAAGGAAGGGAAAAGAGAUUAAAGCAGGAGGCAAACGAGAGGGAUGAAAAUCAGAAAAAUAAAAAAGAUGCUUGCAAAACACAAGAACAUGAAAGUAUUUUAAAGGAGGAUCUUGAGCAGGAAGAAAAAACGAAGCUUCUACGGAACAUAGUUGAGCAGGAAGUGAAAACAAAGCUACUACAGAAUAUAGUUGAGCGGGAAGUGCAUGAAAAGAGACUAAAAGAAGGUCUUGAGGAAAAGGAUGAUGAGAAACAAAGAGAAUUUCACAAAGAAGAAAAAAAUGAGAAGAAACAACAAGAGACUUAUCAAAUAAUAGAAAAUGAAAAGAGACUCAAAGAUGCUUGUGCAAAAGAAGAGAAGAAUCUAUAUGGAGCUUCCGAGCAAGAAGAUAAGAGUGAAAAACUGAAAGGUGCUCAGGAAGGAAGUGUCUGUGGUAGGAGAUCAAAAGAAAGAUUUGAGUUGGAAGAAAUUGAGAAGGAAUCAACAGAGGCUAGUAUUUGGAAAGAGAGUGAGAAGAGACUCAAAGAUGCUGGUGGGAAAGAACUGAAGGGGCUAAGCGAAGUACAUGAGCAAUCUGAGAGGGAUGAAAAUGGGAAGACGCUGAAACUGGCUACAGGAACCUGCGUGCGCAAGGAGUUGGAGGAUCUUGGGGUAUCUGAUGGAGCAUGGAAUUUGGAUAGUGAAAACCUUCAAGCACCAGAGUUGGCAUCCAAAGAUAAUAAAAACGGUGGAAAGCUGGAAGAAACUCAAGAGUCACUUGCUCAUGAACAAAAGAAGAAGACAGAGUCUGAGCUCAAAGAUAAAGAAAAGGACACAGAACUGGUUGAAAAUGCAGAUGCACGGAUUGGUGAGAAAUUCAAAGCAUCUGACAUUGCUCAAGGAGAUUUAGGGCUUAAAGGGGAUCAACCUCGAAUGGAAGAUGCUACAAAGUCGCCUCCUUUAGACGAUAAUGCGAAGAAGAUAGGUGAACCUGGCUUUAGUGUUAGACAGACUCACAUGUAUAAGAGUCUCUCCCAGGUGGACUCUUUUCCCAUAAAUCAAGAGGGAAAAAUUGUUCAUGAAUUAGGAGACACCGGAAAUAAUGUCAAGCAGGCCCAGCCUGUUCUAAACCAGGAGGAAAGCAAGGAUAGAUCCUUGCCAACUCAGGUGAGGAAAGACUGGGUAGAAAAUGGAAAGAAAAUAGAAGCUGCCCGACCAGCUGUGUUGGAAGUGAAAGAAAACAUUCAGAAAGGCGCUCCACAUGUUAAUGCAAGACAGACUAGAGAAAGACAAGAGAAGAAACUUAACGAGACUGCAACAUCAGAAGACAGAGAAAUGGAAAGGGUGAAGAGAGAACGGGAGCUGGAGAUGGAUCGCCUUAGAAAGAUGGAAGAAGAGAGGGAGAGGGAGAGGGAAAGAGAAAAGGAUAGAAUGGCUGUUGACAGAAAAACACUUGAAACUCGUGAAAGGGCAUAUACUGAAGCCCGCGAUAAGGCAGAAAGGGCUGCUGUAGAAAGAGCAAUGGCAGAGGCUCGUGAAAGACUAGAGAAGGCAUGUGCUGAGGCUCGGGAGAAGACAUUUUCUGAGAAGUCAACUGUGGAAGCCAGGCUCAGAGCAGAGCGUGCUGCAGUAGAAAGAGCAACUGCUGAGGCUCGAGAGCGUGCUGUGGAAAGAGCAAUGGCUGAGAAGGCUGCUUUUGGGAUGAGAGAACGAGUAGAGAGAUCUGUUUCUGAUAAAUUUCCUGCUUAUGUCAGAAAUAAUGAAAUAAAACAGAGCUCUUCUUUCUCAUUUUAUGGAGCUGCCUAUCCUACUGAGCAAUCUGAAGGAGUUGAAGGUGAAUCGCCUCAGAGGUGUAAAGCUAGAUUAGAGAGGUAUCAACGGACCACUGAACGUGCGGCAAAAGCUCUUGCAGAAAAAAAUAUGCGCGAUCUACUUGCUCAGAGAGAGCAAGCUGAAAGAAAUAGAUUAGCAGAAACUUUGGAUGCUGAUGUAAGGAGGUGGUCAAGUGGGAAAGAAGGGAAUCUGCGUGCAUUGCUUUCAACAUUGCAAUAUAUCCUUGGGCCUGACAGUGGUUGGCAGCCCAUCCCUCUGACAGAAGUCAUAACUGCUGCAUCUGUAAAGAAAGCUUACAGGAAAGCGACUCUUUGUGUUCAUCCUGAUAAAUUACAACAGCGGGGAGCAAGCAUUCAGCACAAGUACAUAUGCGAAAAGGUCUUUGAUCUUCUAAAGGAAGCCUGGAACAAAUUCAACUCAGAAGAGCGGUAGCCGGUAUAGCCCAGCCAUCAGAAUUGUACAAUGAAUACAGAUAGAGUCCCACUGCACAUUUUGUAAUUUUAUACCGCAAUUGUACAUCUGUAUGUCCAUCAGAUAACCAUUUUGUCUAUGCUUUCCCUGAAUGUAAGCGUAAGCUCCCAAGUUUAUAAUUAAGAAGAGAACAUAGGUAAAAUCUGAUGUACUGUGCGUGUGAUCCUGCCUGCUGUGUCCAUCAAGUGCUCUUGUUGCUUUAGUUGGUGUCUGUCCAAGCAGUCCAUCUGUUAGGCUGCUUAAAAAACUGCCGUUUCAAGCAGCCAGUAUCUUGGACUCUGAACCAAGAAACCACUGGAUCGGACGAAAUUUUAGGUCCAUUUUCCAGUUCCUGUUUAUAUAAUUUUUGGUUAUUGCAUUCA